CUUGAUUGUGCCUAAUAGCUCGUUGCCUCGUGUUGAGAAAGUAUGCCGGCUAAGAUCACUCACUACGAGAUCCAUGAUGUUCGAUUUCCGACGUCGCUCUCGGGCGACGGAACGGAUGCCAUGAACACGGAGUGUGACUACUCGUCCGCCUACGUUUCUCUCUUCGCGGACAACGGUCUUGUUGGCCAUGGUAUGACGUUUACCAUCGGUCGCGGAAAUGAAAUUGUCUGUCAAGCGAUGGCUGAGCUUUCGAAACGUCUCAUCGGCAAGGACCCGGAGUCGCUCUUCUCCAGCAUGGGCGCGGCUUGGGACUACAUGUGCGCGGACCCGCAGCUGCGGUGGAUCGGUCCUGAAAAGGGUGUAGUCCACAUUGCAGCUGGUGCUGUAAACAACGCUCUCUGGGAUAUGUUCGCUCGUUCGAGAAACAAGCCGCUGUGGAAGCUCGUUGUUGACAUGACCCCUGAAGAACUCGUCAGCGCCACCGCCUUCCGCUACAUCACAGACGCACUCACAAAGGAAGAAGCGCUUGCGAUGCUCAAAGCCAAAGAAGCGACCAAGGCCGCGCGCGAGGCGCACGUCCGCGAGGUCGGCUACCCCGCGUACGUCACCUCGGCGGGCUGGCUCGGGUACAGCGACGAGAAGGUCGCGCGGCUGACCAAGGAGGCUGUCGCGGCCGGCUUCAACCACUUCAAGAUGAAGGUCGGCGCCGACGCCGCGUCGGACCUGCGCCGCGGGCAGAUCAUCCGGAGCAUCAUCGACGACCCGCAGUACCUCCCGCCCGGGAGCAAGGGGCGGGAUCCGAACAGCCCCGCGCUGCUGGGCAAGAACGCGGGCCCGACGGGCGCGGUGCUGAUGAUCGAUGCGAACCAGGUGUGGGAUGUGCCCCAGGCGAUUGAGUAUGUGAAGAGCUUGGAGCCGAUCAAGCCGUGGUUCAUCGAGGAGCCCACGGCGCCUGAUGAUAUCCUUGGUCAUGCGGCGGUGCGCAAGGCGCUGAAGCCGUACGGGAUCGGUGUGGCGACGGGCGAGCACGCGCAUAACCGGAUGGUGUUCAAGCAACUGUUGCAGGCGGAGGCGAUCGAUGUCUGCCAGAUCGACUCGUGUCGCCUGGCGGGCGUCAGCGAGGUGCUGAGUGUGUUGCUCAUGGCUGCCAAGUUCGGCAUCCCAGUAUGUCCCCAUGCAGGAGGCGUCGGCCUCUGUGAAUACGUCAUCCACCUGAGUCUGAUCGACUACAUUGCCGUCUCGGGCACGAUGGAGCGCAACGUGCUCGAGUUCGUCGACCAUUUGCACGAGCACUUCCUCUACCCGUGCUCGAUCAACUCCAAUGGGCGAUACAACGUCCCUUCGAACCCUGCAGAGGGCUAUAGUAUUGAGAUGCACAAGAACAGUAUUGCAGAGUACGAGUGGCCUAACGGAUCGUAUUGGAUUAGCGCCAAGGGCGGGUCGAAGUAAACGUUGGGCUUAGAUAUGGUGUAUAAGUAUGUUAUGCUGAUCAAGGGUGCGCCAAGGAUGUACCAUGCAAGAAUAAACGUUUAUAGAGUAUGUAUGUAAUACUAGAAAAUGCUAUCUUAAAUCUCUCAAGGCGGACAAGAGACGAGGCGGAUGUGGAUGAUGGAAGGCUGCGCAUGCUCAUAGAAGACAUAGAAAUACAUGUGAUGGAGUGUUCUGUGAUGGGGGUGUGGUAGACAAAAAGAUAUAGAAUGCAAGGGCUAGGGAUCAAAUCAAAGUUGGAUACAAGACAAGAAGAGAGUAGUAGACCAUAUGUUAAGAAACGGAGAUGAGGAUAAAGAUAACAUAAACCUUGCCUCGCUCACGCAGUCGCAGGCCACGGCAGGGCGCCAGCCAGCAAGCCAGAGAACGUGUCUCCGCCCGCGAUCGUCUCCGCCGAGCGCCCGUCACGGGUCAGUCUGGUGUAGCUGGGGCUCCUCCCAGGGGAAGUCGCCGAGUCCGAUGUGCGCGGAGUCGCGGCGCCAUUAGAGAACAGCAUCGCCUUGUCGGAGUUGGGAGAGGACACGGAGGCGAUCUGCUCCUCGAUAUCCUGCAGUGCGUUCAUCUGCAGCGCUCUGAGGCGGACGUAACCCUCUUUGAGGUUCUCGAUCUUGGCUCUGUCCUUUGCGCGCUCGGCCUCGAGCGAUUCGAUCUGCUCUUGUAGGCCUGCUUCGAGCUCGUCUUUGGCGCUGCGGAGGCUUUCGAUAUCAGACUGGAGCAAUGCGACUGCUUGUUCAUGCGCCUGAGCUUGGGCCGAGAGCUCGUCGGCGGUUUGCUGCGCAAUGGCUUGCAGGGCGGCGCGAUCCGAGAGGAGGGUGGUGUUCUCCGUCUGCAGGGCCUUAAGGGAGGCACGGGUGCUGGACAGGUCUUCUUCGGCGGCCGCAAGGGCGGCAGCUUUGGUCUCGAGCUCAGAUUGGACAGACACGAGAGCCUCACUGGUGCUCUCUAGAUCCCCGGAGGUCCUGACGAGCUCUUCGUCCCGCACAGCCAGCUCCUCUGCGGUUCUGAUGAGCUGCGCCUCGGCGGAGUCGAGCUUCGCAGUCGCAGUAUCCAGCCCUGACUUUGUUCUGUUCAGCUGCUCCAGGGCAUGGAUGAGGUCCUGGCGCGUGCUGUCGAGCUCAUUUUUGCGUGCUUCGGCAGUCUCUCGCUCUGCAGUGAGCUCGGAUGUGCGGGUGACGAGGUCAACAGAAACGACGGUAAGAUCGCCGCGCAUGCUAUCAAGCUGAUUUGCUAGGGCAGUGGUCUGCUCGUGCUCUGAGGUGAGCUCGGCGCGUGCUUGACCGAGCGAAGCAGAGGCGGCUGUGAGAUCCACGACGAAGGUGUCGCGUUCGCCUGUGACGCUCUCAAGCUCGGCUCUGACACUCUCAAGCGCUGCUCUAUCUGUCUCCAGUUCGCAGGAGAGGUCGAUGGCGCGAUCCUCGGCAGCCUUCUUCUCUUCUUCGGCCUUUGCGAUGGCUGAAGACAGUGAUCCGAUCUCUUUGAUGAGCCUUUGGCGGCCUGACUCGAGUCCUUGCGACCGUGCUUGUUCGGUCGCGAGCUCCUUCACCAACGAACUUUGCUUCUCGAGCAGUUGAUCGCGUUCUUCGGUGACUUUCUCAAGCUCUACCACGUUUGUAGCGCGCUGGGCUUCGAUAUCUGACGUGAGCUGGGCGAUGCGGGUGUCGCGAUUCUGGAUAAUGGAUUGAAGCUUGGUAGUCUCGCGCUGCAACUCCGAUACUCUGAUUUCUGUCUUUUUCAAGCGCUCCGAGACAUCGUCUUCAGUUUCCUCGUUAUGCGCGGAAGACGCAGGCGUCGCGACCUGCCGGUCGGUAGGAACAGUCUUUGACGGGAGAAGCUGAGGGAAAACGUCUUCAGCUCGGUCGUCAUUUUCCGUCUGAUCAGCUCCUUCGCCAAAGUCCGCGCCGUCGUCCAUGUCUUGUGCCGCGUAAAGGUCCUGGAUGUCGUCGAGAUCCGUGAGCUCGCUCUCAGCGCGUUCAUGUACAUGAACCUCCUCGUGAUCGGAUGGCGCGGGGGUGGGGCGCAUGCUGAUGUCCGGGAUGAUCGAACCGGACUGGGUGCGCGUGACGCCGAAGCGGGCGAGCGGGAGCCGGGGGAGGCUUGUAUCGGGGGUGU